AUGGCAUUCGAACAAAUGGAAGAGUAUCGCCAUACAUCUAAAGUAGAAAUUGGGAAGGAAAUUGUAGAGAAAUGUAAGGGAGUUCCUCUUGCCAUAAGGGCUAUAGGAAGCCUACUAUACUCUAAAGAUACAAUUGAUGAAUGGUUGUUUUUCAAAAAUAACGAUUUGUUGAAAAUAGCUGAAUCUGAAAACAUUAUUCUGCCAGUACUAAAGUUAGGUUAUGAUCACCUUCCUUCGAGUUUGAAGAGAUGCUUUGCAUUUUGUUCCCUAUAUUGGAAAGAUGAUGAAAUUUAUAAGAAUGAAUUAAUUCAAAUGUGGAUUGCACAUGGAUUCAUCCGGUCAGUGUAUGAAGACCAACAAUUGGAGGAUGCAAGUGAUUUGUAUUUUAUGGAUUUAUUGAAGAGGUCAUUUUUUCAUGAUGUCAAAACAGAUGAAGUGGGUGAAAUAAUUAGAUGCAAAAUGCAUGAUCUUCUUCACGACGUUGCACAAUCGGUGGCAAGGCAUGAGAUCUCCACUUUGAACAAUGCAGAAAGUAAUUCAAAUGCAGAAAGUGUUACCAAAAGAACUCGGCAUGUGUCAUUUCGUUACCGUGUAGAUUCAUCAUUGGAAACUCCAAUCCGCUUGAGAGCUAACAACUUACUAACACUUAUUUUGAAGAAUCAAGAUCGAAGAGAAACAUCUUUUGAAAAUAUUGUUUCAACUUUUAAAAGUUUACAUGUGUUAGAUUUGAGCCACUUGGGGAUAAAGACUGUGCCAAACAACAUAGGCGAGCUGAUACAUUUAAGGUAUAUUGAUCUUAGUGAUACUCUUGUCGAGACUCUCCCAAAUUCUGUAACCAAGUUGCAAAAUUUGUGUACUCUAAAACUCAAUAGCUGUCAUGGUCUUGAAGAAUUGCCAAGAGAGAUUAAAAAAUUGGCUUGUCUUAGGCAUCUUGAGCUUGAUCAGUGUUAUGCCUUGACUGGUAUGCCGGGGGGAUUGGGGCAGUUGAUGUUUCUCUUCACAUUAACGAGGUUUGUAGCGGACUCAUGUAGCCGGUUGAGUGAAUUGCAAAACCUAAACAAUUUACAUGGAAAGUUACGUAUUGUACUUGGACGUAGGGACUCAUGUAAUCAGUGUUUAGAAGAUGCAACAGCGGAGGGAAUGAAGGGAUCAAAUUUCUUGGAGGCGAAACAAUACCUUAAGACGCUGGCAUUAUGUUUCUCUAAGAAUGAUCAUGAUGAUGAUGAGUUAUUGUUGGAAUCCUUACGUCCACACCCAAAUCUGAAGGAGCUGAUAAUAUAUUUCUAUAGGGGAGUAAGUUUCCCAAGUUGGUUGAUGGCUGGCUUAUGCCUCCCGAAUCUAGUCAGAAUUGAUAUGGAGAGCUGUGACAGAUGCAUUCAUCUUCCACUAUUUGAGCAUCUUCCUUCUCUCCAAUUUCUUAGGAUUCGUUGGAUGCGAUCCCUGGAGUACUUAGACAGCAGUAGUGGCAGUGGCAGUGGUGGUGAGGAGUCCCUCUCUUCGUCUUUACCCUCUUCUUCAUCUUCAUCCAGUGGAGGAGGAGGAGGAGCAGCAACGGCAGCAAGAAGAAGAUCAGAACCAACGCCAACAUUCUUCCCAUUCCUGAAAGAACUCUCACUCUUGCAGUUGCAUAAUCUGAAGGGAUUGUGGAGAAGCGAAGCAGUAGAGGAAGAAGCAACAACAGGUACCAUUGCAAGCUUACCAGACCAACAACCGCCACCUCAACAUUUGAAGAAGACAAUGCCUUAUUGUCUCCCAUCAUUUCCUUAUCCUUCCAAAUUAACCGUCAGAGAUUGCCCUAAUCUGAAAUCGAUGCCUAUUCUGCCACCAUAUCUUGAAGAACUACAUCUCCGUUAUGUCAGCGAGGAGCUAGUAAAACGGCUGUUCAUGAUGACUGAGUCCCCAACCCCAACAAUCUCCACCACGACAGAUACAGUCUCAACCAUGUCAUCGUCCUCUUCAUCUUCUUUGCUUCUUCAUCUUUUCAAUUUGAAGUCUCUAUCUUUAGAUUCAUUUGUAUCUCUUCCUGCGGGACUUCAACAUCUUACCAAUCUUCAAACUCUAAAGAUUGAGUGGUGUGACAACUUGAUGGCUUUACCGGAAUGGACAGGCAACCUCGCAUCACUUGAACGACUUGAAUUUCACCACUGCCCCAAAUUGACAACACUGCCCGAUGGGAUGCGUCAGCUCACUGCAUUACAACAACUCACAAUUACAUCACCCAGCAAUGUGCUAUAUGAUAGAUGCCAGAAAGAAACCGAGGAAGAUUGGCCAAAGAUUGCUCACAUCCCAAAAGUUGAUAUUGAAUUGUGGCAGUGAGAGACGAGUCACACAAGACUGGGUGGAUGAAUCAUUGCUAGAAACAGACAAGAUUGCACAUUUUAUUCUACGAAUUGCAACUACAAGAAAUCUCGAUUCUUCUUUUUGUGUUUGUGUUCUGGGGUAGCUUGAUCAGCACAUCGUUGGCUUAGUUUACAGUCGUCCUCUCUUUGUACUUCAUAUUCAUAUUGUUUAAUCUCAGAGGAAGAAACAGAGGUGGAAGCAGCGAAUUGGGCGAUUAUAAAAUCCAGCAAGCAUGAGCAUCCGCAAAGUAAUUGGCUAAGGCUACACAAGAUUUUGUGUAAUGGAGGUGAGUCGGGGGAAAGAAUCUUAUGCAGUUAUUGUCUCUACUGGUACUCGCGAUCAAGGCAAAUGAUUAAGGAAGAAAGCAUUGGGAUACUCGGUGCAGAAUGCAUAUUCUAUUCAGAGGGGUAAUAUAAGAUGUGGACGUGUGUAACAGUGGAGACAAGCUAUUACCAGGGCAAUAGCAAACAAGUAUAAGAUUAGCAGAUUACAGGCCAACACCAUGUUGAGGAAAAGAUUACAGCGAUUGGCCUCCCAUGAGAUUGCAGUUGUGAACAUGGAUGUUUCAAGUAUGAGACUUGAGAAACAUGAGGCCCGAUUUCCCAAGAUCAAACGGUGUCCGGCUAAGGUUGUCUCAACAACUCUUUCAAUCCUUUGUUCAAAUGAGUGCCAAUUCCAUCAAAAUUGGUGCAAGAAAAGAAAAUUUCUUAGAACUCUGUCACAAUCAAUGCAUGGGAAAAAGCUGUCUUUCCUCUUUACUGCAAUGUAUAUGAUGCAUAAGUGAGUGCUAAGAUACACAGAAUGAUAUUGUUGAUUUCCUAUAAUUAUGGCUAGUAAUCAUAUAUAUCUCUUAUAGAUGAAGUGUAAUAGUUGCAAGGUCAAUCUAGGUUACUGAUGGAUGGAAGUAUGCCAUUGGUGGUAGUGGUAAGGCGACCAUCUAUAGCGACGGGGACUACUUUGUGGCUCUGAAGAAUCCUAAUGCCAAACAGGAACACACAGAGGUGGAAGCAACCAAUUGGACGAUUACAAAACCAGCAAGCAUGAGCUGAUGAGCAGCCGCAAAGUAAUUGGCCAAGGCUGUAGCGACGACCAUUAGUAGACUAAACAAGAUUCUUUUCGUGCUUAUGUGAGUGACUUUCCUAGUUCUCAUGCUAGAUUUUUAAUUCUCUCGGUGAUUUUGACAAUAUAAAUUUGUUUCGUGGGGGAGGCAAUAUGUUCUUCAGCCCAUCAGACAAAGGCUUGAGAAAUGCAUUCGAACUUGAGUAUGGUGAGUCAAGAACCGGAAUGCUGUUUUGUGGCUCCAAUCUUCACGAAGGAAGCAUUGGCCUUCUCUGUGGAGCGGGAAUAUUCAAUCCAGAGCUGUGAGCAUAAGUUUAGUGGUGGAACGUAUCAGAUUAAUUACUUAAUUUUUGCUUGGCGGGGGAGGUAAUUUGUUCUUUCCGCCAAACUGGCAGAGACUAGAGAAGUUUUGUGGCUCGAAUCUUCGUAGGAGAUCAUUCAUACCACAACCAGAUGAAACACUGGCAUGUGUUGCUAUGUGAUAGAGAAGCGCAUAUUUAAGCUUACACUCCGAAAUUAUUGGAGAGAGGCAAAUCAACCACGCUGCGUCUUCAAAAUAAUGAAACACCAGUAUGAUAGACAAUCUGUAAAUACUGUAUUUGGUGUAAAUAUUUCUCACUAUUGUUCACUGACGAACAAAAUUCUGAGAUAGAAAACAAAUGAAGUGGAACAAUUUUUUUUUUUUUUUUUUUUAACAGUUCUGUAAUAGUCUUUUGAACUAUGUCAUGUUGUUAUUGUAGGAAUCACUCUGUAUUUGAUUACAUGGACAAUGACUUGGAAGAAGUUAAAAUCAAUGGUGCUUUGCAUUUUAUUAA